AUGGGCGCGGCGGUCGACCCCACCUUCCCCCUCUUCCCUGUGGCCAGCAUAUUGGCUACCAUCUGCCUCGGCCUUGUCCUGGCGUCCAGUCUCAUCCGCCAGAGUUGGAAUUUAGGAGUCACCUUCCUCUGUUUCUGGCUUCUACUCGAGAAUCUAUCCCAUGCCAUCAAUGCCAUCAUCUGGUCAGAUGAUGCUGAUAUCAAAUUGCACGGCUACUGCGAUAUAGUCUCAAGACUGCAAGUCUUCUGCUCUGUUUUGAAACCGAUGUCAACUUUGAUCAUCACGCGCCGACUGUAUCUCAUAGCUCACUACCUACCCAUGGAGGUCUUCUGCGAAAGAAAGGAACGAUGGGGUCGUUUAGUCGACUGGACAUUGGGGCUCGGUAUACCCGCCAUCGUGUCGGGACCUCUAUAUUAUGUAGUGCAGAAUACGAGAUUUGUCGUCAUCGAGGGCUUCGGAUGUACUGGUGGAACCACAAACUCAAUCCUUACCCUCCUUCUGAUCCAAGUGUGGUUCAUGAUCCCGCCUCUACUGUCUGCCGCAUUCUACUAUCCCAGUACGAUACGGAUCUUCUAUGGCCAGAGCAGAGCGUUUGAUCGCCUCUUGAACAGUCACGAUCGCUGGUUGCCCACACGCACGAACUACCUUCGCGUCCUCGCUCUGGCUAGCAUCGAUAUUUUUCUCACUCUGCCUCUGAGCAUCACACGCUUUGUACUCGCUGUUCUUUCGACGACGAAGAUGAGACCGGCGCCUUUCUAUCCAGGCUGGGACGUUGUCCAUCACGAUUGGACCCCGGUCACCAUCUCCUGGGCAAUGCUGAAUGAUAAAGGGGCACCCGAACUCGCUUUCGUUCAUUACGGUUUUUGGAUAUCGCCCAUCUUUGCCUUUGCCUUCUUUGGUCUAUUCGGGCUUACAGAAGGUGCACGCACCUCGUAUUGGCGCGUGUUUCGUGUCGCCGCGGCUGUUUUGGGUCGGAGACGAGCUCAUCUAGAGCGAGGAUCUCAAUCAAUUGUAAGUCCAAUACGUUUCGACGUACCGGUGCAGGAGAUUUCACUCAGUGUACCGGGUAUGGUUACCACCUCAAGUCUGGUUGAGAUCGUACCGAUACCACCUGGACUAGCCUCAGACAGCCAGGUUAAACCUGCAGUUGAGCGGACGGACGAGUCAUGCAUCGUACCAGUCCAUGCUAUAGCCGAGGACGAGAGAGGAAGCGGCACCUGCUUGUCGAAUCGGUGCAAAAUCACUCGCAAGAAGCCGCGUCUGUAUGGUGCAUACCGUCGCGCAUUACACGCAAAGUCUCUGCCUACCCUCGGCGCAGCUUGGACUAAUGAUCUUCCCAACUCGGUCGUACAGCUCCAGCUCGCGGUCAACACCGAUUUCUGCGUCAAGGCGAGCAGCACCGCCGUCGGCUUUCAGCUCACCCUCGACUCCUGCGACCCGUCGACGACCUUCGACCUUCCGCAAGGCGCACCCUCCGAUGUUUCAACUCAGCUGGCGCUGAACGCCACCUUCUCGAACGGCGGACCGAUCGCCUGCAUCAGUGCCAGCGGCGUGGACCUCGACGGGCCCGUCUUCCUUCAUGUUUGCCAGGACGACAAGGCCCAGCACUGGAACGUCGAGGGCGGUGCCGGCCGCGGAUCGAUCGUCAAUGCUGGCUCGAUCACCGGCACAAACUGCUUGACCGCGACGUCGACCGAGCAGGGCAGCACCGUCAUCUACUCCACCUGCCUGGGCAGUGCUACGCAGGAGUGGACUCCCACGCACGCCAUCAACUUCCCUCGCUAA